AUGGCUUCUAUCGUCCAAAUAACCCCUAUAACAAAAGAUCAAUUGACCUUUAUAUCUAAUUUAUGUGUUCCUCUGAAUAUCAUUUCACUCAUUUCUACAGUUACCUCAUGCAUGACAUUUGGCCUUAUACGAAUAUACUAUCCUAAUCUCGCUGAUCGAGUUUCGUUUCGUUUAAGUUUUGCAGCUUUAUUUUGCGAUAUAGGUUUUUCUAGCCAUCUUUUACUUGCCUUUGUUUGGAAUAGUACACCAGGUUUUUUGUGUGGAUACUCGGCUUGGGCUAUCGUAUUUUUUGAUCUUUCUUCCCUAUUCUUUAUCGUUUGUAUAGCUUUGAACCUUCAUAUAAUAUUCUUAAAUGAAUAUAGAAGAAGUUAUUAUAAUUUUGAAAAGUAUUAUUUUAUAAUUGCAAUUUCUUUUGCCCUUUUACUUUCUCUCCUUCCACUUACUGCUGAUAUAAAACUUAGAUCCGUGAAAAAAGAAAUUGAUGAUGGUUUUGGUUCUAAUUCGACUUCUCAUUUAUCCAAUUAUCCUACCUUAAUUAAUAAGACUGUGAUUUCUUCUGUUGUCAGAAGGGUUAUGUGGUAUCCUGUGGUGCCAUUGAUAGCCGAAUUUUGUAACUCUUUCGUUGAAACCUACGCUUAUAUUAAUCGUGUACUCUCCUACCCUCUAUUUUUAUUUUGUUUCGUUGGCAUGUCACUUCAAGAAUGGUUAAGAUACAUGCUAUUGAUUAGACUAUUCUCCGCUCCAAAAAUUCCCGCUCGAUUAGCUUCAUACGAACUUUUAUCACCGAUCAAUUCUUUUGCUGGAAAUAAGUCUAAUACAUCUUCCGCCCCGUUUGGAAAGGACGAUUCAAAGCAGGAUAUAACUCUUGAAAAUCAAAAUGAUGAUCAAGAUAUUCAUUACGUUCUUCCUGAACUUGCUCAUUUAAAAAAUUCUUCUCGAUAUUCCUCAGUAGAUAUAUUUUCUCAUUAUUUAAAUACAUCAACUUCAUCUGAUCCCUUGAUAGAUAGUAAUAAUCAAACUAUUCAAUCUAAUAUAAGUAAUAUACGUGUUCCACUUAUUUCUGCAACAAAUAUGUCGGCUGGUGAUGAUGAGGGACGGAUUAACGUUAUGCAAGUUAAUAGUGAGCCAACAGAUAUUGAUUUAUCACAAGAAAUUGAAAUGUUUAAACUGGUGUUAAAAAGGCUCUAA